UGCUGAUGGCGGGGCCGGCGGAGGAGGAGCUGGGGGCGCUGGCAGCGAUCUUCUGCGGCCCCGGCGAGUGGGAGGUGCUCAGCCGCUCAGAGACUGACGGCACCGUUUUCAGGAUUCUCACGGAAGCCGAGGGGCCGACAGAGCAUGUGGCCGUACCCUUGGAGUUGGUGUUCCACUUACCGGCCGGCUACCCCUCGUGUGCGCCCGGCAUCUCCGUCAGCUCCGAGCGCCUGACCCGGGCCCAGCGUGCGGCCGUGAGGGAGGAGCUGCUGGAGCGCGCACAGAGCCUCCCGGCGGAGCCGAUGGUGCACCAGCUGGUGCUCUGGGCCCAGCAGCACCUGGGGCGCAUCCUCACCCAGACGGGCCUGGGCCCCGGCCCCGGCCCACGUCCUUCCUCCACGACCGGACAAGGGGACGAGGGGCUGUGGAUGGCUCUUCUGCGCCUGGAUCACAUGAGAGCGCGGACCAGAUACGUGAAGGCCCUGCGGCAGUGGGCGUCGGACUUGGGGCUGACGGGGAGGCUGGUGUUCCUGGGCAAGGCCAUCCUGCUCCUGCUGCAGGGGCGCAGGGAGGACAUCAAGGAGUACCUGGUGCUUCAGAAAACCUGCCGCGUGGACGUGGACGCGAGUGGGAAGAAGUGCCGAGAGAAGAUGCUCAGCGUGCUGUUCGAGGGCCCGGCGCAGCCGCAACACGCGAGGUUCCCGGCGUUCGAAGUCAGAGAGGACCCGGGCGUGGACGAGCUGCGGGCGGAGUUCGAGGCCGCCGGACUUCAGGGGCUGCUCUCCGAGUUUGUCCUCGGGCUGGCGAAGUGAGCUGGGAGACGGCACGUUUCUCGGAGACGGCCCUGUUCUCUUUUUUGCUGCUGUUGGGGUUGGAUUUUGGGGCUGGAUAACUGAAAUUACUCAUAAAGGGAUAGUUCUGAGGUUUUCAUGAAGCAAGAUGGUAGAUACCUGCCUAAUUUCAGGAACAAAAGCUGAUUCUGUUGGAAUCUUGGCCGUAAAGUGGCCGGGGGUCCUGAUUUUUGGCUGCGGGUCCAGUGGGCGGGGCGUCCCCUGAAAGGUGGGAAGAGGGCAGUGGGAACGCCCCUCAGACGUUCACAUCGCGGAUCUGCUCGGAGCCCUGCAGUUUUCUGGCUCAUUUGUUUUUUUAUAAUAAAAUGUUUUUUUAAAAAGAUUUGUUUCCAUGUUUACUUUUUUCACAUCUACACUUUUAGCCUCUCAUCGUGAUUUUCCCCAUUUAUGUUAUUAGGUCUGCUGUUUUAAGUUGAAUGUGAAGAAAAACAGAUUCCCUUGUAGGAACGCAGGCAUCUUAAGUUAAAUACCAGCCAAAGAAGGUCUGUGGCGUCUAAUUUUCAGUCGCUUCCUUCGGGGGCCCCGAGUGGCACCACGUUGCUAACUCACCGUAGGACAAGAGUCACUGAAAUGAAACUUUUUUGGAAAAAUUUACCUUCUGGUUUUAGAAGAGGGGACCCGCUUCCCACAAAGAGAGCGUGACUUGCUGGAUGGAGGGAAUUCUACAGAGACUGCCUUUUUAGUGAAAGAUGUUAAAAUAUGAUCAACCUUAAAUCGCAUUGAUGAUUUAACGUCUGUGGAGUGCAGAUGCCAUAGAAAUCCAGGCUGAAGAUGACACCGUCAGAGAGUCGGCAGCCACCGUGUUGGGGAGCAGGCGGAGCUGCAGGUGCCAGGAGGCCACGGCAGGCUUCCAGGUGCAGGGCCUGGCGGUGCAGAAGGGCCACGCAGGCCGCUCGCUGCAGUCCGGGCAGCCCCGUGGUGUCCUGUGCACGCGGAACGGACGGGGGGACGGGGACGAAACCUUGUGUCGCCCAGGGCGUGCUCCCAGACCGCGCUGCGCGGGGACCGAGGCGGGCCUUUAUGACUGUUUCCCGGAGGACGAGUUGGAUUGUUCAACAGGCUGAUCAGGUGACAAGGGGAAACUUCGUGACCAGCUUCCAACACGGAACAGAGGCUCGAAAAUGAGGGUCUCGUCGUCACCCCUUUGUUUGAAUUACUGAGGUUUUGGGGAA